CAACUUUCCCCACAUCUACAACCCUCUUUUCACGUCAAUCACCUGCCACUGCACUGCAUCCGCCUACCCACGAGCGCAGUUACUGUGUUGCAGUCUAUCCUUACUCUCUGUGCUUCCUUUAUCUGUGCACCAGUUUCUACCUGGCUACUUGACUACACCGCCUACCCCGGUGUAGUACCAGAGUCUCUAGCACGAGACACAGCCUAACCUACGAACAACUCACUCAACCAACCGUGAAUAUGAGCACCGGAGCAAAGAAGCGUAUCAUGAAGGUGAGCCACUACAUCGAGACGGGCGCAGAAGUAACCAUACUAACAGGGCCACAGGAGUACGGCGAGUGCAUGGCUGACACACCGCCGGGUAUGAAGAUCAACUUCGACGAGCAGAACAUGACCAAGUGGGAAGUGUUGAUGGACGGGCCAGCCCAGUCGGCGUACGCUGGCGGCCACUUCAAGCUCGAGAUUACCUUCCCGACCGAAUACCCCUUCAAGCCACCCGUCGUCAGCUUCCGAACCAAGAUCUACCACCCCAACGUCAGCAACGACGACAAAGGGUCCAUGUGCCUGGGUCUGCUGCGCGCUGACGAGUGGAAGCCGCCAAACAAGGUGGUGUCAGUCCUCCGCCUCAUCCAGACGCUGCUCAUCGAGCCCAACCCAGACGACGCCAUCGAGCCGUCCAUCGCCAACGAGUACCGGGAGAACCGCAAGGAGUUUGAGAAGAACGCAAAGGACUGGGUCAAGCGCUAUGCCAAGUGAGGGGUCACGGGUCCUCUACCGGCCAGGCGGAUAUGGGCAUCGUUUAGAGUAGGCAGUCAGUCGCACAGGGCUCGUCGGAUACAUAUUGCAUCUUUGGCGUUCGGCGAAAUUUGCAUGCGGACGGAACACGUCUUGACCGGUGUGGGCGAAGAAGCAUCCAAUGUUUUGCAGAUCGCGAUGCAUCCGCAGCUUAGGUAGGCAUCGGGCGAUUAUGCAGGGUAGACUUACUCGGGCUCGCCAAAUAAGA